CACAAUGAAUGAUAUCUUUCUCUUUCUGCUUUUUCUAGGUCUGUGGAUCACUCCCCUAUCUACCAUGCAAGACUCCCCACCCCUUCAGCCAUUCAGAAAACCACAUCCGUCCCACAUUUUAUGCCAUCCUCACAAGAACACACAUUCCCCCUCAUUCCCCUCUCAUCCGUCCAUCCAUCUGAAACAAAAUAUCCUCAAGCCCUCUGAAGCAUUUCGCCAACCCUCUCGUCCGCUGUGGCCAAAGUUAACCAGCAGAUACUCACCCCCAGACACAUCCUCACUGACACUGCCACUGCCAUUCCUGCACUGGCUGGCACUGUUCACUUGUGCCUGUUUGCUGCCUGUUCUUUUUGGUCAGAUUCCAGGAGCCGUUGCCGGUGAGACGUGGGGCGUAGUCUCUGCAUGUCCCUUCCACUGCGUCUGCAGGAAUCUCUCGGAAUCUCUAAGUACACUUUGUGCCGACAAAGGGCUUCUUUUCGUCCCGCCAAACAUUGACCGGCGAACCGUUGAGCUUCGUCUUGCUGACAACUUCAUUCGAGAAGUGGGAGGAGCUGACUUUGCCAACAUGACAGGACUGGUGGAUUUGACACUAUCCCGGAAUACCAUCAGUCACAUCCGGCCACUGGCAUUUGCAGAUCUGGAAAGUCUUCGAUCAUUGCACUUAGAUGGCAAUCGACUUUCCGUGCUGGGCCCACGAGACUUAGCAGGAAUGCUAAACCUGCAACAUCUUAUUGUCAACAACAACCAACUCAUCAAUAUCUCCUCGGAGGCCUUUGAUGACUUUUUACUCACUCUAGAGGACUUGGACUUAUCCUAUAACAAUCUGCGCAAGGCUCCCUGGGAUGCCAUUCAGAGCAUGUCCAGUCUGCACACGUUAAACCUAGAUCACAAUCUCAUUGACCAGAUCGCUGAGGGGUCUUUUAGUGAGCUCUACAAACUAGCCCGAUUGGACAUGACCUCCAAUCGCCUACAGACUUUACCACCCGAUCAGUUGUUCGCUCGCUCCCAAACAGGGGUAAUCAGUCCUACACCUUACAAUGCUGUGAUCAACUUGAAUUUCGGGGGUAACCCAUUACACUGCAACUGUGAACUGCUUUGGUUGAGGAGGCUAAUCCGCAGUGAUGAUAUGGAGACGUGUGCUACACCCCUUCAUUUAGCGGGACGUUACUUCUGGUCUAUUCCUGAGGAGGAAUUUGCCUGUGAGCCUCCGCUUAUUACCCGACAUACACACAAACUCUGGGUUUUAGAGGGUCAAAGGGCAACACUCAAAUGUCGUGCUAUUGGUGAUCCAGAGCCAGUGGUGCACUGGGUCUCACCAGAUGACCGCAUCAUCGGCAAUUCCAGUCGCACCACAUCUUUCCGAAAUGGCACUCUUGAGCUACUUGUGACUGUUGCUCGUGAUGAUGGUACGUACACUUGCAUUGCUAUCAAUGCUGCAGGUGAGGCCACCUCGCUAGUUGACCUGAAGGUUAUCCCACUCCCUCAUCGUGGAAAUGGAACGGUAUUGUUAACUCGUGACCCAGGAUCAUCGGACAUCACCAGAGGGAAGACCUCCAGUGGGCAAAGCCCAAGCCUGGACACUAACAGUGACCCCCAGGAGGGACUGGAGGAGGGUCAGGCAGAGGGUGAGGAUGUGGUCAGCGAAGGGGGUGAGGAGCAGAUGGUGAAAGUACAAGGAGUGACUUCCACCUCGGCACAAGUGAGAUGGGAAAAGGGUCGUCUAAUGGCAGCCAACCUGGUGUGGAUGUUUCAAAUACAGUAUAACUGCACUGCAGAUGAGACACUAAUUUACAGGAUUCUCCCCCCCACGAGUGACAGCUUCCUACUGAAAAACUUGGUCUCUGGCUCAGACUACAAUUUGUGCGUUCUCUCCAUUUUUGAUGACACGGUCACUUCCAUGGCCGCCACAAAGGUCCUUGGUUGCACACAGUUUAGCACCAAGGACAAUUACCCAGACUGUCGUUCGCUUCAAGCCCACUUCCUUGGCGGGACUCUUACCAUUCUGGUUGGUGGAGUUGUUGUGGUAACACUGUUGGUGUUUACCGUGGCACUGAUGGUACGUCACCGUGUGUGCAGUAACCAUGAUAUUCAUCACGAAAUAGGAGAAGAGGUGGGAUGCUCAGGAACAGACUCCCCAUCUCUUCCUGCUAAGGGAGCUGAUGUCUUUUCUCAGAGUAAUGGAAAUGGGAAUGUGAUGAUGGUGGUGUUGCCCAACGGGCUCGUUCAAAAACGAAAAGUGGCAGAGGGGGGGUUGGGGUCACAGCCCAAACCAACUUCCAAAGUAAAACCAAAAACCCUCCCAAAGCCCAAAGUGAAUCUGGAGCAGUUUAGGGCAGGACUAGAAGUCGAAAUGGGUUCCGUCAGACCUCUCCCACCGUACACACUGGAGAAAGAGCAAAUGUCUUUGUAUUAUACCCCCAGUAAUCAUUCUGCCUCCACACUGCCGCGUCCGUCACGCCAAGUAGGAGCGAAACCACUCAAAUUCCGACCUACCAACAUGAACACAAGUAAACGGGCCAGUUUAAGCUUGGCCCCGCCCAAUAAGUACAGUUGUGACAGGCGGUUCAGCACGGGAGGAGGCAUUGUAGUCUGUCGGGGAGGUCCAGAGAGCCAAUGGAAUUCCUCACUGGCCUAUCAGAGCCCUUCGUUGUCUCGCGAGAGGCCUCCUCAUAGAGCCCUGCGCUACAAGAGAAGCUCUUCAUUCGACAUGGGUGAAAUCGCCACGUCAGCCUGCUAUAGUUAUGCCAAGAGAUUUAGUGUAAUCUGGACCAAACGGAGCCAGUCGUUACAUGGCAUGCUUGUCCAGUGCACUUCAGCAACAAGCACCUCAACAACCAGCAGUGGCAGUGAAGAUUUCCACGCACAGCACACACGCGGAUACAUCCGUGCCUACAGCGCCACCAAUUCGAAUUCCAACCCUCCGAAAGCAGAGGUUACAACAAAUUCAAAGAACCAGCGGCUGAAGUAUAAAGAAAAGGACAAAGAAAAGGGAGAAGAACUUGAGGAGAGUGUGGUGUAGGGAAAGAGAAGACAGAUGAGACACACACGUAGAUAAAUGAAGACACAGGCUGUUAACACACACCUCAAGAUGGAUGUGGAAGUAUUCAAAGAGCAAACCAGUCUGAAGGAGAGCUGAAAACGUGGUAAAGUUAUUGUAUGAGAG